AGCCGGAACCGGAAGCGCGGCAGGGGCUCUGCGACCGGCUUUUUCCCUGGGCUGCUGUCGCCGGCGUCAUGCGAGGCUUCGGGCCAGGCCUGACCGCGCGGAAUCUGCUCCCGUUGCGGUUUGCCCCGUGGCAACCGCGGCCGCCAGGACCACUGCUGUCGAGCAGGCCGGCGGCGGCGGCGGCGGGAGCGGGCUCCCUGACGCGGGCCAUGGACGAACUGCUUCGCCGCGCGGUGCCGCCGACGCCGGCCUACGAACUGCGCGAGAAGACGCCGGCGCCCGCCGAGGGCCAGUGCGCCGACUUCGUGAGCUUCUACGGCGGCCUGACCGAGGCGGCCCAGCGCGCCGAGCUGCUGGGCCGCCUGGCGCAGGGCUUCGGCGUGGACCACGGCCAGGUGGCGGAGCAGAGCGCCGGCGUGCUCCAGCUGCGGGAGCAGCCGCGGGAGGCGGCGGUGCUGCUGCAGGCCGAGGACCGGCUGCGCUACGCGCUGGUGCCGCGCUACCGCGGCCUCUUCCACCACAUCAGCAAGCUGGACGGCGGCGUGCGCUUCCUGGUGCGGCUGCGGGCCGACCUGCUCGAGGCGCAGGCGCUCAAGCUGGCGGAGGGGCCGCACGUCCGGGAGAUGAAUGGGGUACUGAAGAACAUGCUCUCAGAAUGGUUUUCUUCGGGGUUCCUGAACCUAGAAAGAGUCACCUGGCAUUCGCCAUGUGAGGUGCUUCAGAAAGUCAGCGAAUCUGAGGCCGUGCACCCUGUAAAGAACUGGAUGGACAUGAAACAACGUGUCGGGCCCUACAGGCGAUGUUACUUCUUUUCUCACUGUUCAACGCCCGGAGAGCCCUUGGUCGUUUUGUAUGUGGCACUCACCAGUGACAUCUCCAACAACAUCCAGGCCAUCGUGAAGGAGCAGCCCCCAUCAGAGACAGAGGAGAGGAACAGAAUCGCCGCCGCCAUCUUUUACUCCAUCAGCCUCACACAGCAGGGCCUGCAGGGCGUUGAGCUGGGAACUUUCCUCAUAAAGCGUGUUCUCAAGGAGCUGCAGAAAGAGUUUCCAUACCUGGGGGCCUUUUCAAGUCUGUCACCCAUACCCGGAUUCACCAAGUGGCUCCUGGGGCUUCUGGGCUCACAGACAAAGGAGCAUGGGCGGAACGAACUGUUCACAGAGUCAGAAUGUAAAGAGAUCACCGAGGUCAUUGGUGGCCCCGUCCAUGAGACCCUCAAGGUCCUCCUUGGCAGCAGCGAGUGGGCACAGUCAGAGAAGCUGGUACAGGUGCUCCGGGCACCCCUAAUGCGGCUCUGUGCCUGGUAUCUGUACGGCGAGAAGCACCGUGGCUACGCCCUCAACCCCGUGGCCAACUUCCACCUACAGAAUGGGGCUGUGAUGUGGCGUGUCAACUGGAUGGGCGACAGCAGCCCCAGGGGCCUCACCAGCUCCUGUGGCCUCAUGGUCAACUACCGCUACUACCCAGAAGAGACGGGCCCCAACAGCACGGCCUACCUGAGCUCCAAGAGCAUCAAAGCUUCUGAGCAGGUCCUCAGCCUGGUGGCCCAGUUCCAGAAGAACAGCAAGCUCUAGGCACAGCCCUCCUGCAGCCCAGCCCAGCCCAGAAGGGUCACCUCUGGGAAGGCGAGAGCCGCAGCGGCACGUGUCACCUGCUGCAGCGGGGCAGUCUGCGAGGCCAGGACACAGCUGUUGCUCUGUGGCAAGGACGUGCCACUCAAAGGAGGUGGUGGGUGCUGGUGCCCACACCCCGGGGUCACUAUGUGCCCCCUGAAGUGCAGGAGCCCUGAAGCCUCUGUGCCUUGGCACCUGGGGGUGACUGUGGGCCUAGAGCAAGGGCAGGCGGCCCAGGAAACACAUCGGCCCUCGAGCUGGUGGCACAGGCCUCGGCCGUAGCUGUCCCGGGGAGAUUGGGAGCGGCCAGCUCUACCCAGGCACCUGCCUUGGCAGAGCCUGUAGGUUGUCACUGGCCGUGGGGCCUUGCUGCUGGGAACCUGCAUUGAGUUCUAGGCUUUAAAAUGACAGUGAUUCAAGUUCAUAAUGAACUGAGCAGUAAAGAACAAGUUUGUUCUGUGAAGCAUUAAAUGCAAUUACUUAA